UUUAUUUAUUUAUUUAUUUAUUAUUCAUAUUUGUAUACCGCCCUAUCUCCCGAAGGACUCAGGGCGGUUCACAGGCAUAUAAAACAUUUAUAUACAAAUUAAAAUAAUCAUUAAAAAGCUUAUUCUAAUGCCCAAUUAUUAAAAAUAGAAAUAUAAAUAUUAAAACCAAUUUAAAACCCCUAUAAAUUUAAAAUCUAAGCCAGUCCUGCACAGAUGAAUAAAUGUGUCUUGAGCUCGCGACGGAAGGUUCGGAGGUCCGGAAGUUGACGGAGUCCUGGGGGGAGUUCGUUCCAGAGGGUGGGAGCCCCCACAGAGAAGGCCCUUCCCCUGGGCGUUGCCAGACGACACUGCCUAGCUGACGGCACCCUGAGGAGUCCCUCUCUGUGAGAGCGCACGGGUCGGUGAGAGGUAUUCGGUAGCAGUAGGUGGUCCCGUAAAUAACCCGGCCCUAUGCCAUGGAGCGCUUUGAAGGUGGUUACCAAAACCUUGAAGUGCACCCGGAAGGCCACAGGUAGCCAGUGCAGCCUGCGCAGGAUUGGUGUCAUACGGGAGCCACGAGGGGCUCCCUCUAUAACCCGCGCAGCCGCAUUCUGAACUAACUGCAGCCUCCGGAUGCCCUUCAAGGGGAGCCCCAUGUAGAGAGCAUUGCAGUAAUCCAGGCGAGACGUCACGAGGGCGUGAGUGACCGUGCAUAGGGCAUCCCGGUCUAGAAAGGGGCGCAACUGGCGCACCAGGCGAACCUGGUAAAAAGCUCUCCUGGAGAUGGCCGUCAAAUGAUCUUCAAAAGACAGCCGUUCAUCCAGGAGGACGCCCAAGUUGCGCACCCCUUCCAUCGGGGCCAAUGACUCGCCCCCAACAGUCAGCCGAGGACUCAGCUGACUGUACCGAGAUGCCGGCAUCCACAGCCACUCUGUCUUGGAGGGAUUGAGCUUGAGCCUGUUUCUCCCCAUCCAGACCCGUACGGCCUCCAAGCACCGGGACAACACUUCGAUAGCUUCGUUGGGGUGGCCCGGUGUGGAAAAGUACAGCUGGGUGUCAUCAGCGUACAGCUGGUACCUCACACCGAAGCCACUGAUGAUCUCACCCAGCGGCUUCAUAUAGAUGUUGAACAGAAGGGGCGAGAGGAUCGACCCCUGCGGCACCCCACAAGUGAGGCGCCUCGGAGCCGACCUCUGCCCCCCUGUCAACACCGUCUGCGACCGAUCGGAGAGAUAGGAGGAGAACCACCGAUAAACGGUGCCUCCCACUCCCAAUCCCCCCAACCGGCGCAGCAGGAUACCAUGGUCGAUGGUAUCGAAAGCUGCUGAGAGGUCUAAUAGGACCAGGGCAGAGGAACAUCCCCUAUCCCUGGCCCUCCAGAGAUCAUCCACCAACGCGACCAAAGCCAUCUCAGUGCUGUAACCGGGCCGGAAGCCGGACUGGAACGGGUCUAGAUAGACAGUUUCAUCCAGGUGUAAGGGAAGCUGAUAUGCCACCAUACUCUCUACAACCUUCGCCGCAAAGCGAAGGUUGGAACCGGACGAUAAUUACCUAAAACAGCCGGGUCCAGGGAAGGCUUCUUGAGGAGGGGUCUCACCACCGCCUCUUUCAAGGCGGCCGGGAAGACUCCCUCCACCAAGGAGGCGCUCGUAAUUGCCUGGAGCCAGCCUCGUGUCACCUCCUGAGUGGCCAGCACCAACCAGGAGGGGCACGGGUCCAGUAAACACGUGGUGGCAUUCAACCUACCCAACAACCUGUCCAUGUCCUCGGGAGCCACAGGGUCAAACUCAUCCCAUAAAAUGUCACCAAGACCACCCUCAGCCGUCUCACCCGCGUCACCGCAAUAUGACUUGUUAUAUUGGGUCUGCCUUAGGAAUGUUCACAUGCUACUUUAUUACCCUAACCAGAAGUGGGUUUCAGCAGGUUCUGUCCAGUUCUGGAGAACGGGCAGUGGAAAUUUUGAGUAGUUUGGAGAACCGGUAGUAAAAAUUCUGACUGGCUCCUCCCCCAUCUAUUCUCUGCCUCCCAAGUCCCAGCUGGUCGGGAGGAAAUGGGGAUUUUGCAGUAACCAUCCCCUGAAGUGGGGUGGGAAUGGAGAUUUUGCAGUAUCCUUUCCCUGCCACGCCCACCAAGCUGCAUCGUCCAAGCCAUCCCACGCCCACCAAGCCACACCCACAGAACUGGUAAUAAAAAAUGUUGAAACCCAUCACUGACCCUAACUGACAAACCACAAUGGUUAAGUUUACACAACACACCAAACCAAAGCAAAACAAAUUACAUUAUGGCAUGAACUAGGUUCUUGAAUUCGAUUCGUAAAAAUCAAAAGAUUGGAAGGUGAAAUCAAAAUGUAACCAUCCACGAAUGAGACAGUCCAUCUUCCUUGUAUUAGAAGACAUCCUUGAAAGGGAAGCUCAGUGACAGUAUGGUAUUACUCACCCCCUCUUCAAGCAGAUCUAUUUCAUGUCCCUAUUUUUAACGCAGAAAAUGUACGCCUCAAAAUGUUGAAUGACAAAAGCAGCUCUGUAUGUUUGCUUGCAAUAUAUACAAUGGAAAAAUAGUUACAGUAGUUACAAAAAUCUGAACAAGUGAAUCAAUGAAGUGGAAGAUGUUGGCAGGAGAUAGGAAUAGCACACAUUACGUCAAAUAGCUCAAGCAAUGCUAAACUGGAUUCUGUCAAUGGCAAACUUCGAGAGAAAUCAACCAUGUUAGAUGAGAUUCUUAUUUGUAAACUUUUGCCAGGGUUUUUCCCUAACAAGGAGUCAGAAGGUCCUGUCAAAUUAAUUAGUAAUUGAAGUAGCAUGCCACUUUAACCCAAAUUUGGAGAGAGAAACUAAAUAGGCUAAUCUGAACUGCUAAAUUCAGGAUCUUGGAUACACCUUUAGUGACAGGUGCUCUGACCCAGAUAUAAAACUCAAACAGCUUUUGGAACGCUGGGCAAGACUGACUGACACGUGGAGAAGCACCUGCCCAUCUUGUUACACACUCCAAAUGUGUGUAUAUAUAUAUGUGUGUGUCGGGGUGAAAUCUAAACAUUUUCCCUACCAGUUCUGUGGGCGUGGCUUAACUGGUGGGCAUGGCUUGGUGGUCAGAUGACUGGGUGGGCAUGGCCAAUAACAAUAAAUAAUAAAAAUAAUAAAGUAUAAAAAACAAUAAGAGGUACCAAAAACCAACUUUCACACUUUACACACAACACAACACAAAACAACUGACACACACACAAUGAAAAAGCAGCUGCACUUCAUACUUCACACACUUCACACAGCCACAAAAAGCUCAAAAACCAACUUUCACACUUUACACACACACAACACAACAAAACACACACACACACACAAAAUGCCACAUACAGCUUUGUGAGAUUUUGUGUGUUUUUCUCUAGUUAAAGUGAAACACUACAAAAACACACCAAAUCUCAGAAAGCUGCACAAAUACUUUAUUUUAUUUAUAUUUUUUAGAUCAGGGGUUUUCAACCUUAGUAACUUUAACGUUUGUGGACUUCAAUUCCCAGAGUUCCUCAGCCAGCAAAACAGGCAGAUUCAGGCACAUGGAUUUUAGAUACGCAAAAUCAGUUGCUAGCUGAUGCAACUGAUUGCAAAAGCCAUGGUUUGCGAGCCCGAAAGGAGCAGUAAUUAUAGGUGAAUCAGGAAUCUCCCUUCGUUUUAUAUCUUCGCCCGACCUAUUGUGGUGAAGGAUCAGACGAUGGAAUGUAUGUACAGAUGAGGCCCUGGGGAUGAGAGGAAGGGUCACAUGUGGAGAUAGGACCCAGACGGAUCAUUAAGGGGAAAGAACAACUGUAAGCCCAUGAGACAAAUUUUUCCUUGUAUGUAGAAGGAAUGCUAGUGUGGAUGAGUUAUAAUGGAUUCUGAGCUGAGUUCAUUUGAUCUGAGAAUCUGGCAUGAAUGAAUGUCAAGUGAUCCAGUGUCAAGUGACACAAAUUGGCAAAAUGUGGACGUUGAAGUAAAAUGAGAACCAGGAACAUUGCUCUACAAAAGCAUUUCUGCUUUUUGCUCAAAUGCUGACUAAGACCUUCCCUACGAUUUGGAAGAACCAAGAAAAAAAGUUAAAUGAGAGCUAUUUGGCACAAGCUGGAACUGUCUGAAGACUCUUCAAAAAGUCUUCCUCCAAGGAUAUGUUGCUGUUUCUUUAAUUAGUGCAUCACCCUGGAGUAACUAACGAAGGUUCCCCUCUUCAACCUGAAGAUACAACACAGGCCUUCAGACCAGAGGGAGCCAUCCUUUUUGGAGUAAAUAUAAUCCAGAAAGAUGUCUCAGAGCCCAGAAGUCGUUGUCCCGAUGGCAGAUUGCAAUACAAAUGGUAUCCAGAAUCAGUCUUGGAGUUCAACAAAAUCCAGCACCGUCGCCUUUCGUAACAUCUGCUACAGAGUGAAGACGAAGAGUGGAUUUAUAGGCUGUCGAAAAAUAGUUGAAAAAGAAAUUUUGAGAGAUAUCAAUGGAAUAAUGACACCAGGACUGAAUGCAAUUCUGGGGCCAACAGGCAGUGGCAAAUCUUCAUUACUGGAUAUUUUAGCAGCACGGAAAGAUCCCCGUGGCUUAAGUGGAGAUGUUUUCAUCAACGGUGCCCCCCAGCCUGCCAAUUUUAAAUGCAUCUCUGGCUAUGUAGUACAGGAUGAUGUUGUGAUGGGGACUUUGACCGUGAGGGAAAACUUCCAGUUCUCAGCUGCACUCAGACUACCAAAAACAGUAAAAGCUCAUGAAAAAAAGGAGAGAAUCAACCAGAUCCUCAAGGAGUUGGGAUUGACAAGAGUGGCAGAUUCAAAGGUUGGAACUCAGUUCAUUCGUGGUAUAUCGGGAGGAGAAAGAAAAAGGACCAAUAUUGGAAUGGAGCUCAUUACUGACCCGUCCAUCUUGUUCUUAGACGAGCCAACCACUGGUCUUGAUGCCAGCACUGCCAAUGCCGUUUUGCUGCUCUUAAAAAGGAUGUCCAAGCAAGGGAAAACCAUUAUUUUUUCCAUCCAUCAACCACGCUACUCCAUCUUCAGACUGUUUGAUAAGUUGACCUUGUUGGCUGCGGGAAGACUUUUGUAUCAUGGACCUGCUCAAAAUGCCUUAGAAUACUUCAAGACCAUCGGUUAUGAGUGUGAACCAUACAAUAACCCUGCUGACUUUUUCCUGGAUAUCAUUAAUGGAGACUCGACAGCUGUGGCUUCUCAUAAUGAAACCGACAAAGAUGGUACUCAAGAUCAGACACUGGCGGAGAAAUUGGUAGAGAAAUAUUCCAGUUCCUCUUACAAUCAAGAAACCAAAACAGAAUUGGAAAAGCUGUCUUCAAAGGGCGAAACCAAAGAGACCACUUUCCAAAGAAUCACCUAUUCCACUCCCUUCUUUCACCAGUUGAAAUGGGUCUCCAAACGGAUGUUCAAAAAUUUAAUAGGUAAUCCUCAAGCCUCCAUAGCACAGUUACUGGUUACAAUUUUCCUGGGAUUAGUCGUGGGUGCCAUAUUCUUUGGUGUAACAAAUGAUGGCAAAGGUUUGCAAAAUAGAAUUGGUGCCAUGUUCUUUAUGACUACUAAUCAGUGUUUCAGCAGCAUUUCAGCAAUUGAACUCUUCGUGGUAGAGAAGAAAAUAUUUAUACAUGAAUAUAUCAGUGGAUACUACCGAAUUUCUGCAUACUUCUUCUCUAAACUAAUGGCUGAUUUAAUACCUAUGAGGACUUUACCCAGCAUAAUUUUCACCUGCAUAAUUUAUUUCAUGCUAGGCCUGAAACCCACCGUAGAGGCUUUCUUUAUAAUGAUGUUCACUCUGAUGAUGGUGUCAUACACUGCAACCUCUAUGGCACUUGCUAUUGCUACAGGACACAAUGUGGUGGCUGUCGCCAAUCUCCUGGUGACAAUCAGCUUUGUUUUUAUGAUUAUUUUCUCCGGGUUGCUGGUAAAUCUCACCAGUAUUCUGCCAUGGCUUUCUUGGCUCCAGUACUUCAGCAUCCCUCGAUAUGGCAUGACAGCAUUGCAGAUUAAUGAAUUUGUGGGUCUUGACUUCUGCAAUUUGCAGACCAGUAAAAACGGGAGCACCGCCAAUUGCACAGAAGUUAGCACAAUUCGGAUGUGCACCGGAGAACAAUAUCUGGAAAGCCAAGGGAUUGAUGCAACUAGUUGGGGGUUAUGGCAGAAUUAUGUGGCAUUGGCUUGCAUGACCAUCAUUUUCCUUACCAUUUCUUACUUCAAGCUAUAUUUCAUGAAAAAGUUCUCUUAAGUCCACAAAGUUGUCAAAGGUCCAAUCCAGUUACUCCAAUCCAGAAUAAUUUAAAGAGGAGAAUGAGAAAAAAAAAAGACUAUUUCUCUCCUAACUGUAUUCUUUCGAACUCACAAACAAGAAAAGUCUCAGCCUUCAGCCAAGAUGUUUGCCUUUAUAAUACCCUCAUAUAUUGUUUGGUUGCGUGUCAAAAAGUCUGAAAAAUCAAAUGUCAGUUAUUUCCUGCUUACAAGUCUAGAGACUAAUAUCGGUGGCAUUGAUUUUAUUUAUAUUUUAUUUGUUUCCGCAUACUCCUGACGUAGCCCAUGCUGAUUCACAACAUUAAAUGAUAAUAACCUAUUUAAAUAAAUGGACCCACCCAUCAAUAAAUAGCAAUAACAUCAAAUGUAUCCCAAACAAAAUUAAUCCUUGAUUCAAACAUAAAUAACUUCUAGAAGGGAAUGCUACCAUUUAAAAAUAGGUUCUCGGGUUAUUUUCAAAUAAUCAUAGUGGUACCUUGGUACUCAUCGUUAAUUGGUUUCAGGAGGCAUGAUGACUACCAAAAAUAAUGAGCACCAAACAAAUUUUUCCCCAAUAAGACAGGUGACAGCAACAACAACUAGCUUGUGUGUUGAGUACCAAACAAAUGAUGAGUACCAGGACAAAAAUUUUACGUCAAAAUGCACUGAGUACCAAAUUCUAUGAGUUUCAAAGCAGUUGAGUACCAAGGUACCACUGUAUGUGCUUAAUUCUUCUCCAGAUACUAAAUGGUUCUGAAAUGCAGAAUUCCAGAUUAAUCAUAUUUCUCAACAAACAGGAUAGUAACUGAUUCAUGGUCUGAAGUAUAACCAUGAAGUGUAACCAAGUCAUUGGAGAUAAACCAGGACUGGUGACAAUACCACAAGAAAUACUAAAACUCUACCUUAUUGAUAGUGUUUCAGAAUAGUAUUCAGCAGGUUCUGACCAGUUCUGGAGAACCGGUAGUGGAAAUUUUGAACAGUUCGGAGAACUGGUAAAUACCACCUCUGACUGUCCCCCCCCCAUCUAUUCUCUCCCUCCUGAGUCCCAGCUGAUUAGGAGGAAAUGGGGAUUUUGCAGUAACCUUCCCCUGGAAUGGGGUGGGAAUGGAGAUUUUACAGUAUUCUCCCCUGCCACGCCCACCAAGCCAUGCCACGCCCACCAAGCCAUGCCCACAGAACCAGUAAUAAAAAAAAUGGAAUCC